GAAUGAAGGUCAAAUCUGACAUUAUGUCUUUUUCAGAUUAUGGAUGGAUUAAACCAAGAUGGCAACAGUGUUGAUUCGUUCUUACGGAACUACAAACUUGGGAAGACUCUUGGGAUUGGUUCAUUUGGCAAAGUUAAAAUUGCUGAACAUGCACUCACAGGGCACAAAGUUGCUGUCAAGAUUCUAAAUCGUAAGAAGAUAAAGAAUAUGGAUAUGGAAGAAAAAGUCCGAAGAGAAAUCAAAAUUUUGAGAUUGUUUAUGCAUCCCCACAUCAUACGUCUCUAUGAGGUAGUGAAGACAAAUUCCGACAUAUACGUUGUGAUGGAAUAUGUGAAGUCUGGUGAAUUGUUUGAUUAUAUUGUGGAGAAAGGCAGGUUACAUGAAGAGGAGGCACGCAUGUUCUUUCAACAGAUAAUAUCUGGAGUGGAAUACUGCCAUAGGAACAUGGUGGUUCAUCGAGAUCUGAAGCCAGAAAACUUGCUUUUGGAUUCUAAGCACAACGUAAAGAUUGCUGAUUUUGGUUUGAGUAACAUUAUGCGUAACAGUCAUUUUCUGAAGACUAGUUGCGGAAGCCCUAACUACGCUGCACCAGAGGUUAUAUCGGGUAAACUAUAUGCGGGGCCUGAGGUGGAUGUAUGGAGCUGUGGUGUAAUUCUUUAUGCACUUCUCUGUGGCACCCUCCCAUUCGAUGACGAGAAUAUUCCAAACCUGUUUAAAAAAAUAAAGGGUGGAAUAUACACUCUUCCAAGCCAUUUAUCUGCUUGUGCAAGAGAUUUGAUUCCCAGGAUGCUUAUAGUUGAUCCCAUGAAACGAAUAAGUAUUCCAGAGAUCCGUGCCCAUCCUUGGUUCCAAGCUCAUCUCCCGCGUUAUCUGGCUGUGCCACCACCAGAUACAACCCAACAAGCUAAAAAGAUUGAUGAAGAUAUUCUCCAAGAAGUGAUUUAGAUGGGAUUUGACAGGACUGCACUUGUUGAUUCCAUUCGAAACAGGGUCCAAAAUGAGGGUACUGUUUCAUACUAUCUGCUCUUAGACAAUCGAUUUCGCGUUGCCAAUGGCUACCAUGGAGCUGAGUUCCAAGAGACGGCGGUACACUUUUCUGUCAAUAGAUUAGAUGUACUAUUUAAAAUGUUUUAAGGAAAUUAGAGCUUUUACAUUUACUCUGCACAACCAAAUCUAUACAAAUAUAAAAGAGCAGUUUUUUGGACUGCCACUUGUCAUUGGUUUUGGCGGGAAAAUGAAGUUGUUCUCUGGCUCCCUUUUUUAAUGUUUUUCGUAGGUUUUGGCGAUGCACUUUCUAGGUAGUCUACAUUUUGUAUCAGAAUAUUGUA